AUGUCGACAAAAAGUUUGAGAGCUUACUCAUAUAGUUUGAAAAAACUAUCCAAGCGCCAGGUUGAAAAUGAACAAGGAUGCUGCGGUUGUGGAUGGGGACCUCCAGGUCUGCCGGGCCCGCCUGGUCCUGACGGUAAAGAUGGCCCAGAUGGCGUUGACGGACCACCUGGUAGCAACGGACACGAUGCUCUACACAAAUCGUCAUCAAUAGACUGGUGCUUCAUCUGUGAGCCUUCUUUGCCAGGCCCUCCUGGAAAGCCAGGUCCAAAAGGGCCUCCUGGAAAUCGUGGAAAACAAGGACGUGAC